AGAAAAUCCAGAUGGCGCAACAUCCCUCGUUGUGGCGCUAGGCUUGGUGCUCUGCCGCUUCGGUCUGCUUUGAUGGCUGUGCGAAGCGAAUGCGUCCGGUGAUGUUUUUCCUGGCGUGACUGACGUUCCCUGUGAAUUGUUUUCGAUAAUAAGUGCGUUCUUGUUUGAACUGUGAGAACCGAUGCCAAGAUGGAGACACACGACGGCGCACAGACCACCACCGAACAGGUGACGGGCAAUCCUGCUGAAGACGCCGGACUUGACACGAAGUGUGUGUUUUGCAAGCAGGACGUUUCGGAAACUAGUGAGCCACAGCUACUGCCCUGUCUGCACACCGCCUGUAAGCUAUGCAUCCCGACAGAUCCCACCGUCCGGUGCGCCGAGUGCCAGCAGGAGAUCUCCAGUUCGGAUGUGAUCAAUCACCUGUUCCUGAUGGAGCACCUGGCUAGCAACAGCGAAGCGAAGGCGGGCGAGACUGCCGGGACGCACACGUGCACCAACUGCGACGACAGUUCUUCCACGGCCGCGGGCUUCUGCGUGGACUGCCAAGACUGGCUGUGCCAGGCUUGCAUAGAUGCCCACCAGCGCGUCCGCGUCACCAAGGACCACACGAUCCGUGCCAAGGAUGAGCUCGAGGGAGACAAGCCAGCGGCCCUCGGUCAGAAGUACAUGUUCUGCGAGAGUCACAAGCAGGAACAACUAAAACUGUACUGCGAGACAUGUGACAAGCUGACAUGCCGUGACUGCCAGCUGCAGGAGCACAAAGAUCACAAGUAUCAGUUCAUUUCAUCAGCGUGUGAGCAACAAAAGAGCAACCUUAACGGCUUACUGGCCAAGAUUCGUGAAAAACAGUCUUACAUUGAGGGUGCCCGCAACCUGGUGAGCAAACGGCACCACGAGAUCACCCAGCAGGAGCAAAAAGUCACCAGCGACAUCAAAAUGUUUGCAGUCAGAUUCAUCACUGAAAUCAACAAGAGAGGCAAGUUGCUGCUGCAGGAGCUGAAUGACAUCUGCAACAAGAAGAAGUUGCAGCUAUCAUCUAAGAACGAGGAGCUGAUGGCUCUCUCGCUGAAACUUGCACAGUGCCAAAAGUUUGCCGAGGCCGCGAUUAACCGUGGAAGCGACGUGGCACUCGUUUUUAGCAAGAAAGCCAUCUGCAGUCAGAUGCGGACAGUGCUGAAGACUCGCUGCGAAAUCCCCAACCCACAGCACGUGGUGGACAUCAAGUUCCUAUAUGAGGCCGAAUUCCUCACUAACUACAUUGCAAAUCUGGGUUGCAUCCUUGUCGACCAGCAACCCAUUGUCGGCACCCCACCGUGGUCUGCCGCUGCCAAGGCAGCAGCCCUUAAUCAGCAUCGAGGUGGGCCGCCUCCCGACGCAGUAUCUUCAGCACAACAACAGCAGCAGCAGCAACAACAACAACAACAACAACAACAACAACAGCAACAACAGCAGCAACAACAACAGUCUGUUCCCCGGUACCCUGAAGGUUUCCACCCUGCAAUGCCGACUGGCCCAGGGCCUGGACUUUAUCACCAUCAGCGACAGGGUGCCAUGGGCGCGGCACAUGGGAUGCCUCCCAACGUCCGCCCGCCUCCCUACCCUGGCCCGUACGUGGUGCCAGGCGGGGGCUACCCUGGGGCUCCUCCUCCGCAGCUGCGUCACCUACUGAACCAGGGCCCCAUGAACCAGAAGGGAGGUGCCAGCAUGGCUGCCCUCAGCCACAUGGCUCGUAUGGGGCCCUCAGCAGCAGGUGGAACGUACACCAUGCAGAAGAGCCCUCACCCAGCACCUCAACAUCCCAGUCAGGCGAUGCGCCCGCAGCCUGGCGUGCGGCAGCAGCAUGGCAUGCCGUCGCACCAGGCCCUUGCUGCCCAGCAGGCAGCUAUGAUGAGACAACAGCAGCUGCAUCACAUGCAGCAGCAACAACAGCAUCACCAACAGCAACAGCAGCAUCACCAGCAGCAACAGCAGCAUCACCAGCAGCAACAGCAGCACCAUCAGCAGCAACAGCAGCACCAUCAGCAGCAACAGCAGCAGCACCAUCAGCAGCAGCAACAGCACCAUCAGCAGCAGCAACAGCAUCAUCAGCAGCAGCAACAACAGCAGCAGCAGCAGCAGCAACAACAGCAACAACAGAUGCCAACCUCUGCCAGUGUUCCCAUCACGCUCAACUCAAGCAUUACCAUAUCUCCAGUGACUACUGAUAAGUCUAGACCAGCACCGGUGAGUGGUCUACCCCGGCCACCACCGCUGGCACCUGGUGUACAAAUCAUACCGCAGCCAGCCCCCAAGGUGAUCAUGUUGGAUUCUGCGUCCGCACGAGCAGCUGCCCUCCAGCAACAGCAGAUGCGCAGAGUUUCAGGGUCGCGGGAUGGCACGCCUCCCUCCACGAACCGUCUUCCAUCGCACCUGGUGGCAGGCAGCACAAGUUCUGGAUCUGGCUCGCCACGCCUGCCUGAAACUAGUGUUCUCGAGCGAGUCCUCCUAGGAGCUGUCGGGGAUGCGUCUGAUUUGUCUGGCAGGAACAGUGCCAUCACCAUCACACCCGUUGGGGCAGGGCCCUCUUCCACGUCGUCCUCCUCUUCGUCACGCACUGCGUCCCCUUCGGUGUCUGUGGUGCGCAUCAAGGAGGAGCCCAAGUCGCCUGGCGAGCAGCAGCUGCCUUCGUGCAGUGGUGACGUGGGUCCGUCAUCGAACACGCUGCGCAGCUCGGCAUCGCCAGCCGAAACAGCCGCGGGGAUCGCCUCUAGGUCUCUGAACGACUUUGCAAACCGGUCCAUCGGAAACCUACUUCAAUCUACUGGCGCAAAGGACACAAGUCAGGAGAAGGGUGCCCAAGGUGGCCAGCCCCAAGCAGACAGCAGCUGCAGCCCUUCCUCCAUAGCUGAGCCGGUCUGCAGCAGUUCCUCCCGCACCCCAUCCACAGUGUCCGCGUCCACAGCGAACUCGACCACUGUGACGACGCAAGGUUCAGGGGGCGUCCAGGACUGCUUUGAGGACCUCUCAACUCUGGAGGAGCUGCUCAAGAUCGGCGACAAGAGCUUCGACUUGCCGGCACAGGACGCCUCCUCUUCCUCUUCAUCGACCAUAGCUGUGGCCACCAGCAACGGCCCAACUGCUGCCUCCAAGAGUUCUUCUGCAGCGCAGGCUUCGCCUUCCUCUUGCACCCCACCACAACAGAACAAUGUUGGGGGCGACACAGCCAACGGGACGGGACUGAAGAUAGUAGAGACGCACAGCCUGCAGACCUCGGACCCGAAUGAGGACUGGUGCUCAGUGUGCCACGACGGCGGCGAACUGCUUUGUUGCGGCUCCUGUCCGCGUGUCUACCACCUACAGUGCCAUGUGCCCUCCUUGGGGGCAACACCCAGUGAGGACUGGACCUGCCUUCUGUGCCUCGACAUCCUCAAGUGUAACAUUCCUCGGGAGUCAGCGGGCUCCAAGCGCAAGACUCCAGUGGGACUCAGCGGGAGGGAGCUGCUGAUAUGCGAAAGGAUCCUGCUUCACCUCUUCUGCCACGAGUUGAGUGUACCAUUCCACAUUCCUGUCAGUCGAACGGUGCCCAACUACUACAAGGUGAUCACUAAGCCCAUGGAUCUGACGACAAUAAAGCAGAAGCUCUCGCCAUCACACUUCAAUCACUACGAGGAUGUGCCCGAGUUCCUUGCCGAUGUCAAGCUCAUCUUCAAGAACUGCUACACCUUCAAUCAUGUCAAGUCUGGGAAGGCUAUUGAUGGUUAUAAAGUAUGGAAUAAAGGCAAUAUCUACAAGGCAUUCACAAAAGAGUCUCAGGUGUGUCAACAGGCACGAACCCUGGAGCGGGACUUUGAUGCCCUGGUCCAGCAGUUUUUGCCCGAGCACUACGCUGAACUAAAAGAUGCCCAACCUGACCCGCAGCCAGGCUACGAGUCAGACCCCGAGCGGCGCAAGAGGGCCCGCACAUCCUCCACAUCUUCCUCACCUCCCGAGUCGGCAGUGGUUCUAUCCUGAUAAUGUACAGAAGCUGAAGACAUGACCUUUGCAAGGCUUCCAUGCAAGCUCCUAGUGAAGCCCCAGCAUGCCGCUUUCUUUGACUCUCGAUCUGGACAUCAUGUUCCGCAACUGUUGUGCUUCCCACCAUUCAACGAACUGAGCCUAUUUAUUGUUUCUCGUAACUGCAAAGCAAGUCGGUGAAAAGAUUGUGUGUCGUCAGCGUUUUAAGUUGUUCUCCCCCUUGCACAUUGUUUGGUUUGUCUGGUGUGUGAUGUCCUUGUAUUUCUCUUCAGGGUCUAGACCAAUCUACAUGCAUAUAUAUAUAUAUAUACACACACACAUAAAUAUAAAAAGUCUUGUUAAACCAA